AUGCCCCACUGCCACUACCAGCUAUCCCGACCAUCCUGGGAACCUUCUGGCUUCAUCCUCGACCUCAGCUUCCAUCCACCUCGACUUGCUUCCGGUGCUCCUGGCGCCCCUGGUGAUGCCCUUCUUCGCGGAUCGCAAACCACUGUCGAUACCAUGGCCAACCCUGUAGGGGAAGAUGCCUGGACCGCGUACCUGGACGAGGCGGCGCGCACCGCUGGCGACCUCGAGAGUCGCGUCAACGUCGUCGAGCUCUACAAGCGUGCUGUCGGCGCCGAGCCGGGCAGCUUACGCCUCUGGCUGCCGUACUGCGAUUACUUCUGGGGCCUAUGGGACACCAGCCAGGCUGUUGAUGCUGACUGGUCCGAGGAGGAGCAGCUCAUGGGCCGCGAGCUCUUCUCAUUUGACGCCGCCCUCGAUCUCUGGCAGCAAGGCUACGAAGCCGUAAAGUACCGCCUCGACGACAGCCACCAGCUAUGGGACCGUUGGAUCUCCCUCGAGAUGGAGCAGCUCGCCAAGACCAAGACCCCCGAGGGCAUCACGCGCAUCACUCACCUCUACCGCGACCGCCUCUCCACGCCCCACCUUACCUGGGACGACACUUCCCAGUCCUUUUCGAGCUUCUUAUCCGAGUAUAACCAGACCGCCUGGGAGAGCACGAUGAAGGAGGUGACGGAAUCGGCCCAAGCGACGAAACGUCUUAUCAAUGCCCGCGACCCGUUCGAACUCAAGCUGCAGGAAGCCGCCCGAGGAGAUGAUACCGAGGCGCAGGGUGCCGCCAUGCGAGACUACCUCGACUGGGAGGUGAUGCAGAGCAAGAGGAACAACGACAUGCCCGAAAUCGCCACCGACCUAUGCUGCGGUCUUUUCUCCCGCGCUCUGACUGGCAUCUUUGCUCUUGACGAGGAUAUCUGGCGAGAGUAUGUCGUCUUUUCAUCCUCAUCUAAAUCCGAUCUCGCCACACCCGACAAUCAGCUAGACAUCCUGCGCAGGGCCGUUCAGCAUUGCCCGUGGUCUGGUCGGCUGUGGAACAGAUACAUCUUGUGUGGCGAGGAGGCGAAGCUUUCCUUUUCCGAAAUGGAGGCCAUCAAGCACUCCGCCACGAGCGAAAGUGAGUUGUACAAGAAUGGAAUGGAAAGUAUGAUUGAGAUGUACGUCGCCUGGUGCGGCUUCUUGAAGCGUACCGCCCUCGAAGCCACGGCGACCGAUGAAGCCGUCGAUGUCGCCGACAUGGGACUGAAAGCCGCUCUGGAGGAUGUCGAAGUCGUCGGGAAGCGGCUCUAUGGCAAGGAGUUUCAAGGCGAUCCUAAAUUCCGUCUGGAGCGCAUAUACAUCCAAUAUCUAACUGAGAAGAAGGAUGCGAUUGAUGAGGCAAGGGCUGUCUGGGAGAAGCUUCGCCGCAUUCAGAUACACGCCGACAGCCACGAAUUUUGGUUCCGGUACUAUAUGUGGGAGAUGCUCAUCUUUUCCUCUCGCCCCCCAGCAAACAGCAGCCCGUCUCGUCCUUCAAUCGGCUCUGCUCUCCGGAUUCCGCACAUGGCGACGGAGAAGCUGCACGCAGCCGCAACGCGAAGGACCAUUGACUGGCCCGAGAAGGUCUUCGAUGUAUAUUUGCAGCAUUGCAACGACUACGAGCUGCCUGCCUCGGUGCGCCGCGCGACUGACAUGGUGCACCGGGCCGAGAGGGCCGUGAGGAAGCGUCGGCAGCGCGAAGAGGAGGAGAAAGCAGCCGCUUACGCCGCCUACUAUGGCGGCGAGCAAGUUGAACAGCCCGUGGCCGAGACGGGAAACUCGCCGACUGGGCCGAAGCGCAAGCGCGAGAUUGUGCCAGGAGGGGAGGAUGCCGAGGCUGCGAGCAAACGACGAAAGAAAAGCGGAGAGGAUGUCGAGGUACAGGCUGGAAAGAUCCAAGAAGGGGCCAAAAGGGACCGCGAGAAUGCAACGAUCUUGGUCGAGGGAUUGCCAGCCGACGUCACGCAGACCAAGCUGCGACAGUAUUUCAGGGAUUAUGGACAUAUUAACAGCAUAACGGCCUUCUUCCGUGAGCAGGACGGACAGUCCUCAACGGCCAUGAUCGAGUUUCGAUCGCCUGACGAAGCCCAAUCCGCCCUGCUCCGGAGCGGCAAGUAUUUUGGCCAGUCUCAACUCAGUGUUCAGUCGGGCCAUGAUUUGACCGUCUACCUCACCAACUUCCCGCCUGCAGCCGACGAGAACUACAUCCGAGACCUGUUCAAAGACUGCGGCGAGAUUUUGAGCGUCCGAUGGCCCAGCCUCAAGGUUAACGCGUACCGCCGGUUCUGCUACAUCUCCUUUCGUCACCGGGAAGCCUCCGCCAGGGCGGUCGCGAAGGAUGGUAUUCUUUUGGACAGGAAAUACAAGCUCUCGUGCAAGUAUUCGGAUCCUGGACGAAAGAAAAACCGCGAGGGUGCCGUCGCCGAGGGUCGGGAGGUACAUGUGUCGAAUCUUGACAAAGCCCUGACGGAGGAGGAGAUACGCGAGGUCUUCUCUAAGUGGGGAACGGUAAUGAGAGUCAACGUCCUCAUGAACCUGGCGGGCAAGAAUCGUGGAUUCGCCUACCUCGAAUUCCACACGAAGGAACAGGCGCAAAAGGCCGUGGAGGAGAUGAACAAUACCAAGUUCCGGAACCAGAUUGUCACCGUCGAGAUUUCCCACGAGUCCAAGGUGAAGCAUGCCGCCAAGGUCGUGAACAGCACAUGCCGCGAUUCCGCAUCUCCAGCACCACCCGCUCGUGGAGAGGACGGCGGCGAGGUUCCUGCCGAGACUGGAGCUGACCAGGCAAAGCCUUCGGCUGCUGAAAUCUCGGUGAGGACGGUUGCCCUCAUGGGGUUGCCCGACACCGUCAACGACACCCGCGUUCGCGCACUCGUGGAACCACACGGCGCCAUCAUACAGCUGGUCCUGUUUCCUGGACACGGCGGCGCUAAGAUUGAGUUUGUGGACGCUGCCGCCGCGGGGAAGGCGGCUCUUGCCCUCGACGGCAUCGAGUUUGAGGGUAGCAGUCUGCGUACAGGAUCGGUCGAGGAACUUCGGCGGGCGAAAGGCGAGCACAGGGGCGACCGCAUCGUCUACGGCAACAAAUUCCAGAAGACCUCGCAAGCUAAGGGCAAGGACGAAGUGCGGCCGCCAUCCGUGACUACCUCUGGUCUCAUGGCUCCGCCUGCUGUGGUCCGUCGUCCGGUCCUAGGACGACCAGGUCCUAAACGUGGACUGGGCUUUGCUCCUCGAAAGGCGCCUGUGCCGUCGCCAGCUAGUAGAGACAACGACGCCUCACCGGCUGCUAACGCGACCAAGCCCACCCCCAAAAGUAAUGCCGACUUCAAAGCCAUGUUCCUGGCUGGGGGGCAGAAGGAAAUCGGCGAGAGGCCGACGAACAAGCCCAAGGAGGGAGAAUGA